CCCGGAUGUUGAUAACCAGAACACAAAGUUGUAAAUUUUCAUUCAUGCAACGUAACAGCGAAAAAGUCACAGAAAAGAAGAUUUGUGAAAACAGCAGGCGCAGUUUUCAGACCUAGAAGCUCGAGGAACGCAUAAAGGUUCAACGAAAACAUUCAAGCAUGGAUUUUCAAUGAGAGCGAUGUGUUUUCCGUCUGUAGAGGUCACCCAUUGAGAAACAGGAGUUCAGAGAAAUGACAUAAAGAAGUCUUCUUGCAAGAAAAUGAGAUAUUAUUUUGUUUGUGCAUGGACAGAUAUUAAUAUAGUAUUCAAUGAGGAAGGAUUUAGUUAAUGAUUAAUCUACAUACUUUGAUAGAUGUAUAUCAUGGCAUAUCAAAGUAUAUUACUGUUAGGUCGGUCAUUUCACAAAGUUACGCAGCCAUGGAAGCUAUUUAGGGCUGCCAAGUUUAGAAGUUAUUUUUCCUUUCCCGGAGCUAUCCAUGGAAACCAGCAAGCAUUUAGGAAGAAUUCACAGUUUGCUAUCACGUUGACAUGUACAGCAUUGACCCUCUCCUUGUCAAUUAAAAGAUAUUCAGAUACUAAUUCUGCAUUUUGCAAUGGCCAAACUAUAAUCAAGACAAAUAAAGUUGCCAAAACAAAAAGAAAUAUAAUUACAAAAACAUACAGGAGUCUUUAUAAAUACCUAACUCUGUGUAUGCGUUUCCUACGAUUGCUUCUAACAUUUUUGCCUCUGUACUGCAUAUUUCCUUGGACUUUAGUUUUUCCCAGUUUUAAACAAAAAUGGUUGCGCUACCUACUCUUUGCUGUGGAAUGUUCUGGCCCUACUUUUAUCAAAUUAGGCCAGUGGUCAAGCACACGUCGUGAUCUCUUUUCGCAAGAAUUCUGUGAUUGCUUCUCCAAACUGCACAACAAUGCCCCACCACACUCAUGGUUUUUCACUAAGAAGAAAUUAGAGAAAUCAUUUGGAAACAAAUGGAGAGAUAUAUUUGUGAAGAUUGAUAAUAAAAGACAGGCUGUUAGAUCUGGGUGUAUAGGGCAAGUAUACAAGGCAUAUAUGAAACCUGACAGUAUUCCUGAUGAGCACCUAGUUGAAGAAAUUCUAGAAGAAAUUGAUGAUUCUGAUGCACCUGAUUUUUUUGAAGGACUGGAGGUUCUUGGAUUUGGUCGAAUGUUUGGUGCCCGUGACAAAGAACUGGAUCGAGCAGAGAAAGAUAGAAAAGUCAAGAAGAAAGAAAAAUUGUUGGCGGAUGAGAAUAGUUUUAAUCCACAGGAAAGAAGUGACCAGUCAAAUGAUCUACAAGAUAAACCGAAAAGUGAUAAUAAUUUCAUAUUGGAUGAAGAUGACUUAGAUGGAUUGAUUCCAGUUGCUAUUAAGGUUGUCCAUCCAGGAGUGUAUAGAAAUGUUUCUAGAGAUUUGAAAUUAUUAUAUUUUAUGGCAAAUUUACUUAGUUACAUACCUGGAUUGAGUUAUUUGAGUCUAAGAGAAGUUGUUGAAGAGUUUGAAGGCCUGCUCACUAGACAGAUUGAUCUAAGAUAUGAAGCUAAAAACUUAGAAAGAUUCAAUGUUAAUUUUAGUGAUGUAAGCUGUGUGAAAUUUCCAAAACCAAUCCGACCGUAUGUUAGGAAAGAUGUGAUGGUGGAGACAUAUGAGGAAGGUGAAUGCAUAUCCAAAUAUUUGAAUGAUAAUGAGAAUAGUAGUGAAGAACUGAGAAAUAAAUUAGCUGAUAUGGCUAUUGAUGCACUUUUGAAGAUGGUUUUUGUCGACAACUUUGUACAUGCUGAUUUACAUCCUGGUAAUAUUCUAGUACAUGGAGCAAGUGACUUCAAUCCACAACAGGAGAAUAUAAUGACAUUGGUUGAUAUAUGUGAUACUGUCAUCAUCAAUGUCAAACCAGUGCCAUGUCCUGUCAAGUUAAUUCUGUUAGACACUGGUAUUACUUCAGAACUAGAAGAAGAAGACAGAUGGAACUUUGAAGGUGUUUUCACUGCUGUUGUGUUAGGAGAUGGAGAAAAGGUAGCUGAUCUUUUCCUUCAUCAUGCUUGUGCCAAAGAGUGUGAAGAUGUGGACAAAUUCAAAAAAGAAAUGUCAACAUUAGUGAGAGAAGCAACCAAAAACACGCUCAAUCUUAGCAAGGUUAAUGUUGGUGAACUAUUAAGAAGUGUAUUCUCAUUACUUAUAGAACACAAGGUGAAACUCGAGAGCAAUUUUGCCUCUAUGGUUCUGGCUAUCAUGGUAUUGGAAGGCCUAGGAAGAUCACUAAAUCCAAAUCUAGACAUAAUGGCAGCUGCAAAAGCAGUAUUAUUGCCAUAAUUUAAUUUGCAAUAUGUUCAGCUUUUGUAUUUGGUGAUGCAGACCUAACAGCCUCUACUCCGUCUAUUCUUGUUUAAAUAACAUGUAUUCUAUACCACUGCCAUCUUUUCAAUACUUUGUCUGAAAUAAUAAUUCCAAGCUUGUAAGGUAUUAGUGGCUAAAAUGUCUGUUGAUGUUUCCACAAUCUUGCAAUCUUUAACAAACACCUGCAAUGCAAGCAAUGCAGUCAGUUUAUCGCUAGACUUUGGCCUAGAUUUACUGGUCUGAUAGCAUUACCACUGCCAAAAACUUAAACAUUAAAUGUGUUACAGUUAAAUUUCUUUAUUGAUGUUCUUAAUAGAUGUGAAUAUAUAUUUUAAGAGUCACUAUGAAAUAGUGGACCAUGCUGCUUGAUUUAUUUGACCUUGAAAACAAAUCUGUAAUAUUGUUUUUUAUUUUAUACCGAUAAUUAAAAAUCUUAUUGAAAUUAAUAUACCC